AUGUCUAGCCAAGCAACUCCGGUUUUUAUGAGUAGAUACUCAUUGAUUUAUCAAGCUGCAUUGAGAAGUCAUCUUGGAACUAUGCAACAACAUCGAAAUAGUAAACUGUCGCCGUUUGAAGUUUCGCAAAUGUCUGGAAUUUCGAUAUCUAUGGCGGGUUUUUUUGAAACAUUUUUCGUUUUGGUUUUCAAUUUCAGAAUUGUUUCAUUCGAAAAAAUUCCUUUAAAACUGAAAACAUACCAACAUUUUUACGAAUUUUUAAAAUUUGAAACAAAAAUCUCGAAAUUCCAAUAAAAUCCAAAUUUGCAGAUCGAACGAGAGAAUAUUCCUGGAGAUGCAUUUUUGAAAGAAAUGUAUUGGCUGAGAGAUGAACUCGUUUCACAUUGUUUUCUUGAUGGCGAAUUAUGGGUUAAUGAAAUACUUGCAUAUUGUCCCGAAAGAUUUUAUGGAAAUAUAGUGAGUUUUCGUAAUCUAGAAAGCUGUGAUAAUGACUCCGUCGUCAAAAAAAAUCAACUUUUCAGUUCACCGAAUUCGAUUCGAGUUCAAUCAAUCCUCCAUCAGAAACAUCAUUCGAUUGUAAUUCCAACGACAAUGUCAAAGCUUUUCGAGCCAAACAAAACGCGAAAUUCGCCACAACUUUGAUUCGAAAUCGCGAAUUUCAGCGAGCCGCUUUCUUCUUGGAGAAGAAUCGCAAAAUCAACAAACUCGAUAAUUUUGUCUAUUUCCGCUGCUUAUUUUUGGCGUAUUAUCAAGAAAAUAUGGAAAAUGAUGCAGAAGGAAUUGAAAGAAAAACGAGUUUUGGAGAGGAAAAAUCAAAAUUUGCCAGUUUGUAUGAGACGAUGAAUGAGGAGAAUUUGAGAGAGAAUGAAGAUGUGUUUUUUGAGUAUUUGUAAGUUAGAGCAUCUCGGAAAAUUGUUUUUUCUCUCCUAAUUUUUCCUCAAAAUCCAAAACCCCACUAUUUUCUAGGAUGGGUUUGAUCGAAGUUGAACUUGGACAAAAAGAAGAUGCAUACAAUACAUUCAAACAUGUCGUUGAAAGAGAACCGAGUUUGUGGCCAGCCUGGGAAGCUUUAUCUCGCCUUGUUCAUGACAUCGAAACAGCUGAUCAAUUUUCGGUUGGAUUCAAUUCAAAAUCACUUUGGAUGGCUGAAUGGUUUAUGGUACUUGUUCUUGAAAGAUUUCAUCAACAUACGAUGGCUAUUCAAAAAGCGCAAACUCUUGUUAGUCGUGGUUUGACUGGAAUUCCGAUGAUUAUCACCAAAAUUGCGGCAUGUUCCAAUUAUCGACAUGGUUUGUUCUUUUUUUUUUGGUUUUUUGGACGGCAAAAUGAAUAUUUUUUUUGUUUGAAUUAACAAAAACUGAAAAUUUACAGCCACAUUUCUCACUCAUUAUCCAAAUUUCCAGAUCACGAUCAAGCAAUCGAAAACUUUGAAGAUAUUCGAUCAAUGGAUCCAUAUCGUCUGACAGAUCUCAAUCUUUUCUCUGAUUCUUUAUACAUCCGUGGAGAUCAGAAAAAGUUGUCACAAUUGGCUCUCGAAAUUUACAAAAUCCACAAAUUCCGCUGGGAAACGUGUUGCAUUGUUGGAAAUUAUCAUGCGAUUCGACGAGACAGCGAGAAUUCGAUCAAAUUUUUCCAACGAGCUUUGCGAUUGAAUCCAGGUGUUGCCUCGUUGUGGGUUUUGAUUGGACACGAAUUUAUGGAAAUGAAGAAUAAUGCGGCCGCGUGUGUUUCGUAUCGAAAAGCAAUUGGUGAGAAAACAAAAUUGGGGAAAUUUGAAAAAAAAAUAAUGAAGUUUUGGGAUUCUUUGAAUAUUAGGUUAUCUGGCCAAUUUUCUCAAGAUUUCUAGGUAAUUUUCCUAUUUAUCUGAGCUUUCAGACAUAUUUUCUACGAAGUUCAAAUUCUGAAAACUGUCUAAACUUCCUUUAAUAUUCUGACUCUGAAAAAUAAUCACAAUUUUUUUAGAAAUCGAUGAUGCUGAUUAUCGUGGUUGGUAUGGUUUGGGACAAAUGUAUGAUAUUAUGAAAAUGCCCUCAUAUUCAUUGUUUUAUUAUCAACAAGCCCAAAAGUGCAAGUGAGUUCCCCCAUUUUUGCUCAUUCAAAAUUUCUUUGAGGAAAAAAUAAUGAUUGUCCUUUUUCUAUUAUUUUGAACUUUUGUUAUUUCCGGUUUUCAAAAGAAAAGUGAGAUUUUCGAUUUUCAAGUAAAAAAAUAACAAAUUUUGCAGGCCACACGAUUCUCGAUUAUUGGUUGCUCUCGGAGAAGUUUAUGCGAAAUUGGGUCGAUUGUUGGAUGCGGAAAAAUGUUUGACUGGCGCGUAUUUGUUUGGAGAUAUUGAAGGAUCCGCGUUAUGGCAACUUGCCAAGUAAGAAAUAUUGACGGGAAAGCAAAAAAAUAUUAGAGAACUGGAAUUGACCUGUGAACUGAGAAAAAGUUUGGAAAACAAAGAAUUUUGAAAAUCAAGUUGUAAUAACAUAAGUUGAAUCAAAAAGUGUGAAAAUUAAAAUUUUUUCAGAAAGUCUAUAUAUAAAUAACCUUUACAAAAAGAUUUGCUCACAUGCCUGUAGUAAAAAUGAAUAUAUCGAUACCUUGCAUAAAUUAAAUUUCAGACUCCAUGAAAACACUGGAAACGAAGAGAAAGCCGCCCAAACAUAUGAAGUUUAUAUCGCUGUAUAUGAUAAAUUAACGGUAAUCAAUAUUUUUAGUUUAUCCUUUUUUUCCAAUAACAAAUGUGUGAUUUUUCAGAACCUUGAAGAUAACCUCGUUUAUGCCAUCGCUUUCCUCGCCAAUCACUAUUUCAAAAUCAAAGCUUAUGAUAAAUCGAAAGAAUAUGCGACGAGAUGUUUGGAACAUGAUUCAGUGAGUUGUUAGAAAUACUCCACAAUGAAAACCAAAUUGUUGUAGAUAUGUCAAGAAGGAAAUCGUAUUUUCCGACAAAUUGCCAGAAUUGAGGAACAAAAGGAGAGUUGGGCUGAAGAGGGAACAAGUGGAAUCAAUGCUGAUGAAUCGCAUAAUCAAGAGACGACAAAUGAGCAGUCAGUUUUUUGGGGAAAAUUCAGGGGGGAAUAGAAACUGAAACGUCUGAAAACUGCAAAAUCAAAUGUUUCAAAAUUUGAGUCUGAAAAUCAGGAGCCGGAAAUUCGGUCCUACAUUUGUUUAAUACUUGUUCUGUAAAACUUAUGUUUCUCAAACUAUUGUGGGAAAAAAUAUUGAACACUAGAUUUAAGAAGGAAUUUUGAACCUCUACUGAGUUUCAGAUUUUAAUUGUUUUCUGAAAAUAAGGCCUCUAAUUUUUUUUUUUUCGGAUACCAAUUUUUUCCACGUCAUAGGCUAUAUGACUCAUAGCUCAAAAAUUUUAAUUUUCAAAAAUAUCUACUCAUAUAUUUCACGUAAUUUUUUCUCACAAAACUUCCCGAAUCGGAAUAAUUUACUCCUGUGUGAAAAUAGUUUCCACAAAAAACGCCCAUAUUUUCCAGAAAUGACGAUGAUGAUAUGGCAGUUUCAGACGGAGAUGACAAUGAAAUUUCGUUUUAA